AUGGUCACUGAGGAGUUGAGGACCCGCAAGCACAUGUACCCGGCACAGCGUUCGGAACAUCUGUCACCAUUUAACGACUGGAUCUUUGCUGCUGCGAAGAGUAGUGAUAAUCUGCAAAUAUGCAGUCCUAACUUCACAGCACGAUACUUGGCCAAAUACGCAGCUGGUGAGGAGGAGCGUGCCAGGGUAUUCCUCAAGUGUGGCCGUAGUGAGAAUGAGGUCUCGAUCACUCAGGAUCCCCUGCACAACCUCAAGGUAACAGGAGCAGCCAUCGCAUCCUCAUCGGACAAAGCCAGGGAGAAGAAAAGCAGUGCGGUUGAGGGCAGGACUCUUGCCUUGACAGAGGUCGUCUUCUGGGAGUUUGAGUUUGAAUAUGUUCAUUUGUGCUCUCGCUAUAUCCAUAUCAACACAGGAUAUAAGCAAGAUAGGUCGGCCAUUAUGAAGAGGGAACACCAUUACGUGCGUCCUGGCGCUGAGGGGAAUGCAGUUGCAGCAUUCGACGUCCGAGAGGCUUUGGGCUUUCCUCGCGAGAGACAAAUCUUGAAUGCUCAAAUUA